AGCAGCACGGCGCUCCUGAGGCCGCCGUCUGCGGCUGCGCAGAAGCGGCCCCAGCCAGAAAGAUGGAGGCGGUGGUGUUCGUGCUGUCGCUGGUGGACUGCUGCGCGCUCAUCUUCCUCUCCGUGUACUUUAUCAUCACCCUCUCUGAUCUGGAAUGUGACUACAUCAACGCCAGGGCCUGCUGCUCCAAACUCAACAAAUGGGUGAUUCCAGAGAUGGUGGCUCAGUCUCUCUCCUCCAUGCUGAUGCUGGUCUCCAUGCACUGGUUCAUCUUCCUCCUCAACUUCCCUGUAGCAGCCUGGAACGUCUACAGGUACAUGAAGGUUCCUCUGGGGAACAUGGGCGUGUUUGACCCCACGGAGAUCCACAACCGGGGGCUGCUCAAGUCCCACAUGAAGGAGGCCAUGAUCAAGCUGGGAUACCACCUGCUCUGCUUCUUCAUCUACCUGUACAGCAUGAUCCUGGCUCUAAUCAAUGACUGAGGUGAUCAGCUGCCGGGCCGCAGGUCCACCCCCCUCCGGUCCAACACCAGCCCCUGCUGUCCCAGUCCAGUCUUCCUUCUGGAGAACCCUCAUCACUGUGUUGCCAUGACAACGGACUCAUUCUACCUGUUCCAACCCUGUUUCAACCCUGCUACUGAUUCAACACACCGUCACCAUAGUUACCCCACCCACAUCAGAGCCGCAGCCGGACCCCCAUCAGAACCGGACCCUCAUCAGAACCGGACCCUCAUCAGAACCGGACCCCCAUCAGAACCGGACCCCCAUCAGAACCGGACCCUCAUCAGAACCGGACCCUCAUCAGAACCGGACCCUCAUCAGAACCGGACCCUCAUCAGAACCGGACCCUCAUCAGAACCGGACCCUCAUCAGAACCGGACCCUCAUCAGAACCGGACCGGCUCCUCGUGUCCGUGUUGCAGCAGCAGCAGCUUCCGCUCUCGUGUUGAACUUUCUGAGACAACACCUUCCAUGUUCGUGGCGUUGAAGUGAAAACAGAGAUUCUGACAGCAGCACCGAGGUCACAUGACCAGGCUGUUGCCAUGGAGACCAUCACCACUCCCACUUGAGUGUCCAGUUUUUGUUUUUUCAUAAUAAAAGUGACAGAUUGGA